AUGAAGUUUCCACUCUUUUUCAUUUCACUCUAUGCUCUCUCUUUCUUCCCAAUAUCUUAUUCCACAGAUAGAUCAGAAUUGCCUAUGAUUGCUUUCAGUUGGUGGGAUGAUAUAGGUAGAUUUAGAAGUGGUGAAACAGCAACCAUCAAGGUUAAAGUACUUGAGAAUGGUGAUAAAAUUGAUACCAAUAUCUUCCAUCCCAUUCUUACUGUCAAUGGAAAGGAAGGAAAUAGUUCCUAUGUAUCCACCGUCUUGUCCCAUUUCAAAGGAGACUUUGAUAAUUGGAAGAUUUCCUUCACUCCCAUUAGGGUUGGAUUGUUCAAUAUCCUCAUUGAUGAAGAUCGUUACAAAGUUUCUGACUCGUCGUUGCAUUUCCAAGUUGAACCAGGGAACAUGUAUGUGUUUGUUAGCUCUACGGCGGUAAUUAUCAAUGAUGACACUAUUAUAUUCAAUGAAGGAGAGAAUGAUGCUUUGUGGAGUUUGAAGGCCAUCCUUAAAGGCUCCGAGUUAAUAUCCGGAUUGAAAGUCAACUUUUGUUCUUUGCCUUUUAAACUUUUGGGUGUGAUUGUGGGUGAUAGCCCUGGGAAGGAGUCUAUGUGGAAGGAAGUGAGCACCGAAGAAGGUGUUAAAAGAAAUCCGAAGCAUUCAAAGCAGAUUUCUAUGGAGGGGGUGGAAGGUAAAAGAUACUUUCAUUGGUUCCUGGACCAGAAAUCAGAUUCUGUCGAAAGCUUUUCCGGAGUUAUACGCGAAGGUUGUUGUUCCAUUUAUGAUUGUGGCAGAGGCGGGUCAUUGGGAUCAGGAUAUUUGGAGCUGGAACCCAGAAUUCUGGAAGUCCCAUACGAGCUCGUUUGGACUGAGGAUCCGGGAGAGGGUUUCUCUGUGAGAUCUUGCGCGGAGUUUCUUCGGACUAGGGAUAUUAGGGCUGAGUUGAAUCAAGGGGUAAGGGAGGCUUUAUUCUUUCUGUGGAAAUUGAGUGCUCCUUCAAAGGAUGUUUGGUUGAAGAUUUUUGCUAGCAGAUUACCUAUUAGAGAUCAAUUGCGUAGAAGAAGAAUAGUGGUGAACGACCGGGAUAGUUGUUGCAUGUUUUGCUUUAGGGAAGAAGAAAAUUUUAGUCACCUCUUCGACACGUGCAAUUUUACGAGGAGAAUAUGGGAUAAGGUGGUUGAGUGGAUUGGGGGAGAUGUGGAUUUAAGCGCGGAAGAGUUGAGCGAUGGUGUGGAAUAUUUGGUUGAUGAAGAAUGCGAUUAUGUUAAACAUUUUCGAUCAUUUUUGUGUCUUGGAAAUGGUUUUGAUCUGUUAAUGUUUCCUCUGCCUAUUGUAAUGACCAAAGCGGGAAACUUCUCUUUGCGCAUCAAAGGAGGAAAUCAAACCUUGAACGGUUCUCCCUUACCGUUAAAAGUGAAUUCAGAAGUUAUAGAUGUCUCUAAAUGUGUAGCUAAAUGGAAAAUUGAACAUCAUGCAUGGCAAUUGUCUUCAAAGAUGGAGAUCUUUAUACAUCAGUUGGAUCAAUACGGAAAUCUGGUUUCAGUACUGUAUCCAUUUGACGUUGAAGUCGUUGAGAGAGACACAAAUUUGUCGAUACCGGGAGUGAAAUGGACUCAGGAGUGA